UUUAUUGGUCACGCCCACUUACGCUGAUGCGAGUUUACAAAGCUGUCUACUGUCUGUGGCUUUAAUUACUGAUUUUACACCUAGUGUUAUCUUUUUCAUUCUUAAAACAAUACAAGAUUGCGUCUCGACAAUGCUUUCAAGGCAUAUCAGAAAACUAGGGGUGCAAAUGAUCCCAUCUGCCUCGAAAACGGUUGUAUUUCAACAACAGUUGACCCAGCCCCUGUCCACGCACCAUCCUGCGUGUAUGCGGACAUCUACCGGCAUGGGAAAUUUCAACGAACCGCUGUCUGGAAAUGUGAUGCCGCGGCCUGGUGGAAUAGCCACAAUGAUGAGACUCCCAUAUCAAAAUAAUUCUGAAGGACUGGAUGCCUGUUUUGUUGGGAUUCCACUGGAUAUUGGAACAUCAAAUAAAUCAGGAACCAGGUUCGGACCAAGACAGAUCCGCACAGAGUCGGCUCUUUUGAGAAACAACAGCAGUAUUGGUGCUGCCCCGUUUGAGUCACUUCAGGUCGCCGACAUCGGGGACGUCACUCUUAACCUGUAUGACCUUAAGAAAUCUUGUGAGAUGAUACGAGAGCAGUAUGCCACCAUCAUUGCCAACGGAUGCAUUCCGUUGACUCUUGGAGGGGACCACACCCUGACAUAUCCCAUCCUUCAAGCAAUUAAGGAUAAAUACGGUCCCGUAGGUCUGGUUCACGUCGACGCCCAUGCUGAUGUGAACGACACAAUGCUCGGUGAGAAGAUAGCCCAUGGUACCCCAUUCCGCCGGGCUGUAGAGGAUGGUUGCUUGGAUUGCAAGAGAGUUGUUCAGAUUGGCCUCAGGGGAACACAGUAUCGCGUAGAACCUGGACAAAAAACAUUCAAUGAAGAAGUGGGUUUCCGGAUCGUGCCUGUUGAAGAGUGCUGGCACAAGUCGAUGUCUCCACUGAUGGAGGAAGUCAGAGGCAUGAUGGGAGAUGGACCGGUCUAUCUUUCGUUUGAUAUAGAUGGUAUCGACCCGGGACUUUGUCCAGGAACAGGUACACCUGAGAUCGGUGGUCUGACGUCCGUCCAAGCUUUAGAGAUCAUCAGAGGAUGUAGAGGGCUCAAUCUUGUAGGUGGUGACCUUGUUGAGGUUUCCCCUCCAUAUGACGACACUGGUAUAACAGCUUAUACAGGAGCUCAUCUGUUGUUUGAGAUGCUAUGUGUUCUGCCUGGAGUUCGAUAUCUUUAGUGCGAAGUCAUCUGCGAGGUGGGUUCAAGUUCACUGAAGGAAGAUGACUUAGAUACUUCUUGCUCGUAAUCAUAGUCUUCUGAAUAAAACUUUGCAAUGACACGCAACUAAAAAACUCAGUCAAAA